GGUAUUUUUUGUUUAUGAAUUUAUCAUAAACAAAAAAAAACAUUUGUACAUAUUUGAUAUCAAGCUAGAAAGAAGUUGUCAAACAUGUAUCUGAUUCAGACGCUUUAAUAUUCGAGAAAUUAUUAUAAGUUUUUGUAAUGUUCAAUUUAUAAUAUAUACUUUUUGUGAUUCUUUAUAUUAAUCAAGUAAAGAAAAAUGCAAUGAAGUUAUUUUUUUAAAUAUGUUAUUAAAUAUUUUAGCAAAUUAUAGCCUUGAAUUUAUCAUACGAGAUGAAUAAUUUAUGAUUUUUUUUUGCGAUGUCGUUCAUUAAAAUAUUGAAGGCGCCGAGUAAAUUAUUUAAAAAAGAUGUUAUAACAUUCUUAACAAUUCGUCGUCAUGAUUUAGGCGUGCUAGACAACAAACUUCACUACAUCGCCGUAAAGCCAACAGCAUCAAUUUCAGUGCUGAGACAAAAAGUGUGGCAUCUAUUAGAUCUGCCAGAUUAUUGUGAUGAGAUUAUUAAACUAGAAUCGGAGGAUGGCAAAGAGCUACCGUUGACAGAUCUGCGUAUUGGGAAUGAACCACAACAUCCUUACAUUUUAGAAGUGUGGUUACCAGGAAACCAGUCAUACACUUCUGGAUUCCAUAAGAAUAUGUUAACAAUGGGCGAUAGUAGUAUCCUUAACCGAAACAGUUCAAGUGGCACCGAAUUUGAAGAGAAAAUCCACAAUGAUAGUAGUACAAAGUCCACUGUGAUGGUCUUAUGGUCGGUUUCAUCCCUAAGGCCGUAA